ACUAAUCCAAGUGUCAGUGUAGAGACAAACACAACAGCAGGUCGCGACGUCCCUGUCAACUCCAGGAGUAACCGGGGUCUGCGAACAGGUGCCGGGAGGAGCGACGCCGAGCUUUUACCGCAUCCGGGAGUCGUUUCUCAAUAAUUCCUAAGUUUGCUUUUAUUUUCCUCUGCGAGAGGCGACAAGUGGCACUUUGACACAGAGAGGGGAAGGAUUUGUGGAGAGUAUUGAAGCAACUGAGGCGUUCAGGUUCCCAAGUCGGUCUCCUCUGCCCACCUUAACAUGGCUUCAACGACCUGCACCAGGUUUACCGAUGAGUACCAGCUGUACGAGGAGCUGGGAAAGGGUGCUUUCUCUGUGGUGAGGAGGUGCAUGAAGAUUUCCACAGGGCAGGAAUACGCUGCCAAAAUAAUCAACACCAAGAAGCUGUCUGCCAGAGAUCACCAGAAGUUGGAGCGAGAGGCCAGGAUCUGCCGCCUGCUCAAGCAUCCCAACAUUGUGCGGCUCCAUGACAGCAUAUCAGAGGAAGGAUUCCACUAUCUGGUCUUUGACUUAGUUACCGGUGGCGAGCUGUUUGAGGACAUUGUUGCCAGGGAGUACUAUAGUGAGGCUGAUGCCAGUCAUUGCAUUCAGCAGAUCCUAGAAGCUGUGCUCCACUGCCACCAGAUGGGUGUGGUCCACCGCGACCUCAAGCCGGAGAAUUUGCUCCUAGCCAGUAAGUUGAAGGGGGCAGCGGUUAAACUGGCAGAUUUUGGCCUGGCCAUUGAAGUGCAGGGAGACCAACAGGCAUGGUUUGGUUUUGCCGGGACACCAGGGUACCUGUCUCCAGAGGUGCUGAGGAAAGAUCCCUAUGGCAAGCCGGUGGACAUGUGGGCCUGUGGUGUGAUUCUCUACAUUCUCCUGGUGGGAUAUCCACCAUUCUGGGACGAGGACCAGCACAGACUCUACCAGCAGAUUAAAGCUGGAGCUUAUGAUUUCCCUUCCCCAGAGUGGGACACAGUGACCCCAGAGGCCAAAGACCUGAUCAACAAGAUGCUGACCAUUAAUCCAGCCAAGAGAGUCACUGCCACAGAUGCACUCAAACACCCCUGGAUCUGCCAACGCUCCACUGUGGCAUCCAUGAUGCACAGACAGGAGACUGUGGAGUGCCUGAAGAAAUUCAACGCAAGAAGGAAACUCAAGGGUGCUAUCCUGACUACUAUGCUUGCCACUCGCAACUUCUCAGCAGCCAAGAGCCUGCUGAACAAAAAACCGGAUGGUGUCAAAAUCAACAACAAGGCCAAUGUGGUCACCAGCCCCAAAGAGCCUGUCCCCACUCCUUCUCUGGAGCCUCAAACCACUGUUAUCCACAACCCAGCUGAUGGAAACAAGGAGUCCAGUGAGAGUGCCAACACUACCAUCGAGGACGAGGACGUGAGAGCUCGUAAGCAGGAGAUCAUCAAAGUCACCGAGCAGCUGAUUGAGGCCAUCAACAAUGGAGACUUUGAGGCCUACACGAAGAUAUGUGAUCCUGGCCUCACAUCCUUUGAGCCUGAGGCCUUGGGUAACUUAGUGGAGGGCACCGACUUCCACCGCUUCUACUUUGAGAAUGCUCUGUCUAAGGGGAAGCAGCCGAUCCACACCAUCCUGCUCAACCCCCACGUCCACCUGAUCGGGGAUGAGGCCGCCUGCAUCGCUUACAUCCGCCUCACCCAGUACAUCGACAGCAACGGCAUGCCUCGCACCAUGCAGUCAGAGGAGACUCGCAUCUGGCACCGCCGCGACAGCAAGUGGCAGAACAUUCACUUCCACCGCUCCGGCUCGCCUACCGUGCCCACCAACUGAGAUGACGAUCUUUAACUACAAACACCCUCCAGCCUACAGCAGUCAGCUGACAAGACCCCGCCUACCAAGUGUCCAUCAAAUCCCUCAGCCAAUCCCUGCCCAUAACAGCUAGAGCUCCGCCCUCUCAGUGUGUUGUUUACAUAUUGUCGCUGCUGGACUGAAGAUUAUUGUACAUGUUGGGGAAAAAAAAAUUGAGGGGAAAACUUCAAGUCUUGACAAUAUCAUUUUGUAGUGAGAGUGUGUGGUGUUCAUUACGGGAUAUUCCCAUCCACAGCAUGUUUUAUUACUCUGAGGGGUUUUUUUUGUUGUUUUUUUUAGAUCAGUCUGUUUUAAAUAGAA